UGGGAUCGCUGUGCACUAGUAAGAAGGCUUCAUCUCGAAAUAGGAUGACCUGCAGCUUUUGUAGCGGGACUGAGUUCGCUUUCCACGAACGGUUCGGAAUCCUCAAUUGUUAGUUAUUGGAUGCCAGGUUGGUCCUGCUCAGUUUUCUCAAAGGAGUUUUUAAAACCGCUGGGUUUCAAGUGGAUUUCCGAUGGAUAUUCCGACUUGAAGAGUUGUGUAGGCUACAAGCGCGGCAUGUAACAAAAAAAAUCUCAAGAGGUUUAGAAAAGUAGCGUUUCGCAUUGUUUUUUCGAAAUGAUCAUUGUCUGAGCUGCUUUAUGAACAUUAUUUUGAAUGGAUUAAUAAAAGGACGAACGAUACAUUUACCUCAAGGCAUUUCCAUUCAUGAGCUGAAGGCUAAAGUAAAUAAGUAACCGAGGAAGGAACCAGCAGAGCUACAAUGAGGUCUGAGGCCUUGUUGCUGUAUUUCACGCUACUGCAGAUUGCCGGGGCUGGCUUCCCAGAAGACUCGGAGCCAAUCAGUAUUUCACAUGGCAACUAUACAAAGCAGUAUCCGGCUUUUGUUGGACACAAACCUGGAAGAAACAAUACACAACGGCACAAACUGGACAUCCAGCUGGUCAUGAUUAUGAACCGAACGUUGUAUAUCGCUGCCAGGGAUCACAUAUACACGGUGGAUACAGACACCGCCAACUCUGAGGAGAUCUUUUUCAGCAAGAAACUGACAUGGAAGUCCAGACAGGCAGACGUGGACACCUGCCGAAUGAAGGGGAAGCACAAGGAUGAAUGUCACAAUUUCAUCAAGGUCCUCCUGCAGCAAAACGAUGACUCCUUGUUUGUGUGUGGAACAAAUGCUUUCAACCCCUCCUGUCGAACUUACAAGAUGGACACCAUGGAUGCUGUAGGGGAGGACAUCAGUGGGAUGGCGCGGUGCCCAUAUGAUGCCAAGCACUCCAACGUCGCCCUGUUCGCUGAUGGAAAGCUCUACUCCGCAACAGUAACAGAUUUCCUAGCGAUCGAUGCAGUCAUUUAUCGUAGCCUUGGAGACAGCCCAACUUUGCGCACUGUCAAACACGACUCCAAAUGUCUCAAAGAGCCGUAUUUCGUACAGGCAGUUAACUACGGUGACUUCAUCUACUUCUUCUAUCGAGAAAUUGGCAUGGAGUACAACACAAUGGGAAAGGUGGUGUUCCCCCGGGUGGCCAGGGUGUGUAAGAAUGACAAGGGCGGCUCCCAGAGAGUUCUGGAGAAACAGUGGACCUCCUUCCUGAAGACCCGUCUCAACUGCUCCAUCCCGGGAGACUCCCACUUCUAUUUCAACAUCCUGCAGGCCGUCACCGACGUCAUCCACAUCAACGGUCGCGAUGUCGUCAUGGCAACCUUCUCCACACCUCACAACAGCAUUCCUGGGUCAGCUGUCUGUGCCUAUGACAUGGCUGAUGUGGCCAACGCGUUCACGGGACGUUUUAAAGAGCAGAAGUCCCCGGAUUCAACCUGGACACCUGUUCCUGAGGAGAAGGUUCCAAAACCAAGGCCCGGGUGUUGUGCUGGCACUCCGUCCGUAGAGAAGUACAAGGUGUCCAACGAGUUCCCUGAUGACACCCUCAACUUCAUCAAGCAGCACCCUCUCAUGGAUGAAGCUGUGCCCUCUAUCACUAACAGGCCCUGGUUUCUCAAGACCAUGGUGCGAUACCGGCUGACCCGGAUCGCUGUAGACAAUGCAGCGGGACCCUAUCAGAAUCACACCGUCGUUUUCCUGGGAUCAGAGAAGGGGAUCAUUCUUAAAUUCCUGGCCAAGAUGAACAGUGGUUUCCUGAAUGACAGUCUCUUCCUUGAGGAGCUUAACGUGUAUAACCCAGAGAAGUGCAGCAUCGACGGUGUGGAUGACAAGCGGAUUGUCAGCAUGCAGAUGGACAGCCAGGGACACUCUCUGUUUGUGGCCUUUUCCUCCUGUGUAGUCAAGGUGCCGCUCUCUCGCUGCGAGAAACAUGGCAAAUGCAAAAAAUCAUGUAUUGCCUCCAGGGAUCCCUACUGCGGCUGGGUGUCCGAGGGAGCAUGCAGACAGGUGGUGCUCGACCCAAAAUCGGCCUUCGAGCAGGACGUGGAGCAUGGCAACACAGAUGGACUGGGAGACUGCCAAAAUGCGUUUGUGGCCCUCAACGACGUUCAGUCCAGUCCUCACAGUCAUGAAAGGCCUCGUCAUGGCCAUCCCACCCUCCCAUUCCCCACCACGGCCCACCCCCAAGCAGGAGGACCCCUGGGUCGGGGCGGCAUGGUGGAGCAGGCGGACCCCCCCAUGCCCUCAGAUAAGAGGGACCCCUAUAUGGCGGUGCCCUCUCAGACCCAGCAGGACGCCACUGGGGUUAUUCGUGAGAGUUACCAGAAGGGGCGUGACCAGCUGGUCCCUGUCACACUGCUGGCCAUCGCUGUCAUCUUGGCCUUCGCCAUGGGCGCCAUCUUAUCUGGUAUCCUCGUGUACUGUGUGUGUGACCACCGGCGGCGAGAUGUUGAGCUGACCAGGCGUAAAGACAAGGACCACGUUCACGAUAGGAGGGGAUCCAUGAACAGCGUGACCAAGCUGACGGGUCUGUUUGAGACCGGGGUCAAGGACGGUCACCCAGAGGCCAUCCUCACCCCGCUCAUGCACAACGGCCGCCUCACCAAUGGCAAGAUGCUGAUCAAAGCCGACCAGCACCACCUGGACCUUGCCGGCAUGCCCACUCCAGAGUCCACCCCCAUGCAGCCUAGGCGCAAGCCCAGCUGGGGAAGCCGCGAGUGGGAGAGGAACCAGAACCUGAUCAACGCCUGCACCAAGGACCUGCCGCCCAUGGGCUCCCCAGUCAUCUCCCCUGACCUGGCUCUGAGGGCCUCCCCGGGCCACAUCCCCAGUGUGGUGGUGCUGCCUCAGCACCAGCACCAGAAGGCCUACCAGCAUGAGUACGUGGAGCAGCCCCACCGCAGUGACCUCAGUCAGAUGAGCCUGGACGACCAGGGGGCCACGCUGGAGUACAAGGCCCUGAAGAGCCCCUGCCAUGGCCUUAACCUGGUGGAGAGCGACGGGCUGCCGCCUCGCGUGCCCCAGAGGGAGGCCUCCCUCACCAUCCCCCCCGCCGUGCCACAGAUGGGCAAGCGGCUGGAGGUCCACUCCUCUGUCUACGGCCACGAGUUCAAGCGAGGCUACCCGAUGAGCGCCCAGAAAGGAUCUGCCCUCAAAAAGCACAACACCAACUCGUCCAACUCCUCCCACAUGUCCAGAAACCCCAGUUUUAACCGCGUGGAGAUGCCGCCCCCAGCCCCACAGAGGGUGGACUCCAUGCACAUGACUUCCCAGGGGAUGUCCCUCUCCCGACAACCCAGCAUAAGCUCUUACGGUUCGUUGCCCCGGACCGGGGUCAAACACCUCAAGCCCGACGUCCCGCCUAAACCCUCUUUAGUGUCCCUCUCGACGAAAGUCAAGUCCAAUGACUCCUGCACAUAAUCAGCACGCUCAGAAAACAAAACAGGGAACACGAUUGCAUCUCCUUUAGUCUUUGGUCUAUGUACAGCAAAUGCAACACACUUUUAAAAGAUCUUUCUUUUAUAUAUAUAUAUGUAAAUAUUCUACAAAUGGUUGUUGUUGUUGUUGUUGAGCUCAGGCUGUUGACUCCCAGUUUCUUAGGAACACUUGCUACUGAGAAGAAAAUUACUUUCAUGAACAUUUCAUUGACGAGCAACAUGUCACCGUUGUAGCAUUCAAGACGUGGUUGUGUUGGACAUUUGAACACCAUGACUUGACUGAUGUUUUGUUUUCUUAACCGACUGCCAAAAGCAGACAGUGGGAGAAAAGUGGAUCAAUUGUAUAGUGAGGACUGGAGGGUUCUCCCAGCAAGCACUUGGGCACAGUGAGCUCCGACUGGAACGACAGCUUGAGUUUACGUGGAAAACUGUGAAACGCCUCUCAGUGUUACAGCAACUGGACACAGCAAUCAAGUUCUGGUUAAAAAAGCCUUGGUCUGAGAAUCUCCUGCACUGGUUACUGAAUAACACAUGACUGUUAAUACUAAUAGCUUGUUGUAUUUAUUUUUAAUAAGUGCUUUUGAAAAUACUGACUUUUUAGGCUCAGAGAGAAAAUCUUUUAAUAUGAAUUAAUCAAGUGUGAAAUUAUUUUAAGUCAUUCAACUGGAGCCAGUACCACUUUCUUGACACAAAAGGUCCACUAGGUCCUUUGGUUUUUGAAGCUUGAGUUAUAUGUGACCUCUGUCUGAGGAGGAGAUAUUUAUUUAACUGUGCUAGAUGGAACCUACAUGUUGGAGCAGAACCUCCCAUGUUAAAGCAGUCAGAAAAAGAUAAAACACACAACUCCUGGAACUCACUCCCUAAAUCACUCCUACAUGGGCAUCUAUCUACGUACGUUCUGCACUGUGGCUUUGCAGUCAGUAACUUCUCUCUCUCCCGGGUUGGCUGCUGGCUCACUGCGUGCCAACAAGCCUCAUUCUUGCAUGUAAAGUGCAAAGGCGGAAAAAAACAUGGAAGUCCACACAUGGAAAAGAGAAGUGUGUGGAUGUUGGGCCCUCUGCCAGGUGUGGAGAGUGGCCAUUUUGGCAGGUUCUGAAACGUCCCAUUUUCUCUAGGCGCGUCAUGCAGGCCUCUGACUGGAUUACAUCUGUUGAUAGCCUGCUUCUCUUCCACAUGUACAUUUGUGCCUUACACCCUGAGUAGUGACAAUUUCUUUAGCUGUUAACUAUGUUUCUUUGUGGUAUUUUUCUAAUGUCAUCUUUUCCCUGGUUUGAUAAAGGCAAAUAUAGAAUGUAGGUGUCCUUGUUGUAAUUCUGGUCCCUAGAAAUAUACCGGGGGUGGAGACCCCCACAUUCUUAUUUGUGGUUCAUUUCUGAUUGUGCCAAUGAUGCGCUUAAAGCAACCCUUUUGUUGUGCUGCCAGUGUCAACGAUGUUGUGUGUGUGUGAUGUUUUUUUUCUUCUUCAUACAAUAAGUCCUGGUAUUGUCUUUUAUUUUGCUGUUUGAUUGGAGUGAUUCAUGUUUGUUCUUGAGAGGGCCACUUUGGGUCUUGCUGGUGCACAGCAAUAAUCUAACACUAACGAACGAGAAACACAACAACAUACUGUGCUGACAUGACACCUGGUUCCUAGUGUACACUCUAGACAGUGAAAAGCAGGCUGGUUCCUAGUGUACACUCUAGACAGGCUGGUUCCUGUGAUAGAGAAGAGUUUCAUAACUAUUAGGAGAUGUAUUUAACCUGUUUUUUAAAAACACAUGUUCCAGGAGGAUUCAAGUCAUUUAAUUUGUACUAACUCCCUUUAUCAAGGUGAAUGAGAGUUUAACUGAACAAUCUGAUGUUUGACACUUAUUUUUUUAUUUUUUUGCUUGAUAUCAAUUUUUAUUGACCACGUCUCCCCAAAUGACCACUCCCUUGGUAUAUUAUGUAGAUAGGGGAGUUUCUUGAUCUCGAGCAGAUUUUGAUUUACAAUGGAGAAAAGCCAACUAUUUAUCAUCCACAGCCAAUGCAGGAAGAACGUGUAGAACAUUCCCACGUCUGAGGCAUAUAUAGUAUGUGUUAAUUGAACUGACAUGUACACAGAUGCACGUAGGGUUCGAUUGCAAUGAGUGCAUCAUCAUGAGAUUAGGCUUAGUAAAGGGGAGGUCAUUUGAACCCCGAUAGGGCAGACUGCAUCUCUGGCCGCGGUAUCCAUGGUUACUGUGGACAGUGAGUCUCUGUGGUGUGUGCCUUUGUCUUUCACCCUUGCUCUAUAUAUACACACACUGACAGAUGCAUCAGAGACACUCUCUCAACUCCUUUUGAACUGUAAGAUAUUGUGAUGUCACACUGCUUCCUUCCUUAACAUCUGAUUCACAGCUUAAUGUAUGUUGUCGAGAAAAAUUCUCUUUAAUAAAUGCAAAAUGUAAUAAAAAAAUACAUUCAUGUCA